GGGCGCACCGAGCCAUGCGUCGGCGAGGAAGGCGAGGCUCUACUCAGAGGAGUUCUUCACAGGAGACUAAUGAUCUGGGCCCACUUCCAGACGGCUGGGAGGAGCGGGUCGACUCGCGCGGACGCAAGUACUAUGUCGACCAUACGACGCGGAGCACGUCGUGGAACGACCCGCGGCUGACCAGUGCUGGCGGUGGAGGGUCUAGCAGCGCAGCUGGGGGAGGAGGGAGGAGCGCCAGUGCAAGCUCUGGUGGGAGGGCUCAGGCAGAGUCGGAGGAGGCUGCGCGACAGCAGUAUCAGUCGCGUGUGGCGCUGGUGGCGUCGCCGACGGCGUCGACUUCGACGACAGCGACGGCGGCGGACGGGACGGCUGCCGGAGAAGAGCCGCUGCCAGACGGAUGGGAGAUGCGGCGGGCGGCCAACGGGCGAGUGUACUUUGUGAAUCACAACGACCGCACAACAUCCUGGGAGGAUCCGCGGACGAGUAGCCGCGGCGACGGUGGCGGCGGCGGCGGUGGCGGCAGCGGCGGUGGCGGUGCGGCGGCGGGUGCAGCGACAGCGGCGGCGUCGGCGUCUGAUUCCGAUGACGACGAAGACGACGACGAUGCUGGUGAUUUGCCCGACGGAUGGGAGGAGCGAGUCGACGGGCGCGGGCGGGUGUACUACGUCAAUCACAACCAGCGGACGACGCAGUGGGAGCGGCCGACGAACGGCAGUCGUUCGCGGCGAUCGCGGCGGUCACGGCGACGGGAGCGACGCGAGCGGCGGUCGCGGCGAAGCGGGAGCCGGGCGAGCACGACUGAAGGGCCCAGCGCGUCGGCAGUCGCCGGCUCGACCACACCUGGGCUGCCGUCGGGAUGGGAGCGGCGGACGGAUGCGCGUGGGCGGACGUACUACGUUGACCACAACACGCGGACGACGCAUUGGGAGGCACCGGCGCCGGUCACGGUGCCGGGAGCGAGUAGCGGCGGAGGCGAGCUUGGCCCGCUGCCGGCCGGGUGGGAGCAGCGGCUGACUGCGGACGGGCGGACGUUUUUUGUGGACCACAACACGCGGACGACGACAUGGGAGGACCCGCGGCUUGUGGGCGGGGUGGCGACGGGCGGAACGAUCAUUGUGCCCGAGUACCAGCGUAACUUUACCGCCAAGGUGCAGUACUUUCAUGCGCACCACCCGCUGGCGCAAGGCGAGUGCAUUGUCAAGGUUGCCCGCGAGACGAUGUUCCAAGACACAGUGCCUGCCAUCAUGAGCAAGGAUCCAUCGGAGCUCCAGAAGCGGUACCGUGUUGUGCUCCGCGGCGAAGAGGGCUUGGACUACGGCGGCGUCUCCCGCGAGUACUUUUUCCAGAUCUCGCGCGAGAUGUUCAACCCGUACUACGGGCUCUUUGAGUACUCUGCCACGGACAACUACACGCUGCAGAUCAACCGGUUCUCCAACAUCAACGAGGACCACUUGCUGUACUUCCGAGCCAUCGGGCGGAUCAUGGCGGUGGCAGUCCUGAACCACAAGUUUGUGGACGCCUUCUUUGUCCGCCACUUUUACAAGGCCAUGCUCGGCAAGCCGGCCGACGUCGAAGACCUCGAGCUUGUUGACGCCGAGUACGCGCGGUCGCUCAAGUGGAUGCUCGAGAAUGACAUCACGGACAUCAUGUACGAGACUUUCACCGACUCACUGGAGGAGUUUGGCGCGACGCGCGAGGUGGAGCUCAAGCCCGGCGGCGCUGACAUAGACGUGACCAACGAGAACAAGGCCGAGUACGUGAGGCUGGUUGUCAACUUCCGGCUCGUCGACUCGGUUAAGGACCAGAUGAACGCGUUCCUCACCGGGUUCGGCGAGGUCAUCCCCAUCGACGCGCUGGGCAUCUUUGACGAGAAGGAGCUCGAGCUGUUCAUUGGCGGCAUUAACGACAUCGAUGUCGACGACUGGGAGCGCAACACCAUCUACCGCUCGCCCUUCCAUCGCCGCCACAAGGUCAUCAAAUGGUUCUGGAAAGCUGUCCGCUCGUUCUCUGCCGAGCAGCGCUCGCGGCUCCUCCAGUUUGUCACCGGCACGUCCAAGCUCCCGCUCGGCGGGUUUGCCGAGCUCUACGGCUCCAACGGCAAGCAGCAGUUUACCAUUGACAAGAAGAAUGGCUCGCCCAACUCGCUCCCGGCCGCCCACACUUGCUUCCUCCGCAUCGAUCUGCCGGUCUACCGCUCGUACGACCAACUCCGCGAGAAGCUGCUUUACGCUGUUGAGGAGGGUCAAGGCGCAUUCAUGAUGGAGUAGUGAGCGUUGCCCACCAACGGAAGAUAUCUUGAACCGAAGAUAGCAUC